AUGGCGAGCGCUCCCUCUCCACGCGAAGAGUUCGUCUACAUGGCGAAGCUUGCGGAGCAAGCCGAGCGCUACGAAGAGAUGGUGGAGUUCAUGGAGAAGGUCUCUGCCGCAGCGGAGAACGAAGAACUCACCGUCGAGGAGCGCAACCUCCUCUCCGUCGCCUACAAGAACGUCAUCGGCGCCAGACGCGCCUCCUGGCGCAUCAUCUCCUCCAUCGAGCAGAAGGAGGAAAGCCGAGGAAACGAGGACCACGUCAGUGUCAUCCGCGACUACCGAUCCAAGAUCGAGACCGAACUCUCCAACAUCUGCGACGGAAUCCUCAAGCUCCUCGACUCGCGCCUUGUUCCCACCGCCGCCGCCGGUGACUCCAAGGUCUUUUACCUCAAAAUGAAGGGCGAUUACCACAGGUACCUUGCCGAGUUUAAGACCGGCGCCGACCGCAAAGAGGCCGCCGAGAGCACGCUCUCUGCCUACAAAUCUGCUCAG